CAGUUUGAAUGCAUUAAUAAACAAUGUCUACUCAUUAAAAUCGUUGUAUAUUCUGCCGUCGGGCUUUGACUAUUAAAGACUAAAAAGUCCCCCGGCCCAACCUAGGCCCUAGGUAGUACUAGGCCUAGGCCUAGUAGGCCUAUUGUUUUUAAAUUUUUUAGGCAUAGCAUAGGGGGUCUAGUCCCUAGGCUACCCUAGACCUUGGGUGGGCCACAUGAUGGGAUGGCGCUGAUGCAGUAGAAAACGGACUCGGCCUGCAGCAGUGAGACAUAAACAUAGGAUUUAGCAAUAGUAAAUAUGAGUUUACCAGUGCAUAUUACUGCAAGUGAUGUUGAAAAGAAUCCAGAGUUUGUGAAGUUGUUAGAAGCAAUCGCAACACACUUAAGUCCUAAUGGAAUGAGCAAGCAAGCUUCCCAGGAAUUAGAAUGGGCCAAAGAAAGACUGCAGAGGGAGAAAAGCCAAUACCUUCAACACCUACUUCUGUACGAUGAGCUUCAAGAGUUAUUAUUAGAGAAUGAUAUUAAAAACCUUGAGAUGAACCCAAAUUCAGCAAAGGCACAGUACCAAGAUGCUGUGAAGACAUGUUUGUAUACUGCUGAAGUAGAGAACUACUUGCUGACCAAUGGUCAAGAUGAUGAACCUGGUUUGUUGGGCCUCAACAAAGAAGCCUUGCAUCGAUCAAAUCCACAUCGCAAUCGUGUGCAGUCAAUACAGCAGCAACUGAUACCGCAGAUUGAGGAGCGACUACAACAAAAGUGCCAAGCACUUGUGGAUUUUCACGAAGCACCGUCAGAUAAAGACAGUAGUGAUAAGUUAGUAUUUGCAAAAGCAACAAAACUACCAGAUGUUCUACAAGCUGAAUGCAGUAAGCUAGAGGAAGAAAAAAACAAACUAAAGAUGGCUCGAGCAAAACGAGACAAACAGUUCUGGCAGUACUUUCAGGCAUUGAUGCAGUGUAUAUCGACGUUGGAGGAACUGAUCAAGAAACAUCGUCUGCAGCUACAAGCAGACAGCGACAGCGUGACUAGUGAUUGGCUGAGUGUUAGAUGCCAGGCCAUGUGUCUUAAGAUACGUGUGUUCAAAGCCCAGUUGCUAUGUGAUACAUACUCAGCAGAAGUUAUCGAGACUCACAAGCAAAUAAAGAGGCAUUUGAGCCAUGCAUACCAUGAAAAUGAGAAAGAGUUGAACCGAGUGACACAGGCACUGCAGUCCUAUCAAGCACUUGGCAUGGGCUUCGAUAAGAUGGUGCAGGAAUACGAACAACUUCAGGCAGAUAUCGAGAACAAACGCUGGGCCUUGUCAGAGUUCAAGGCUAGCAUGGCAACAUCUGAUGACUGGAGAUGAGGGAAGGAGAAAUAAAAAAUACUGGACUAGUUUAUGCUGACGAGUGGUCAUAAUCUAGAACUAGAUACCGCCGCCGCCACUCAACUUUUUGUAAUCUUUGACCUCUUUACUCCAAAAUUAUUUUACAUAAUCCUAUGAAGUUCAUUUGUGUCCUUGGGUGAGAUAUUUUACUUGCAUUAGUCUCUCUCUACCCAGGAGUGAUUUUUAUAUCCAUAGUAUGUGAUGUGAUUAACUGAAUAAUAAAACAUAAUAAUAAACCUCCAUGCUUGUUCAUUUUUAUUCAUUCCAUUUUAAAUAAUAAAUGAAGUACUGUACUGUAUAUAAAAUAUAUAACUAUGUUGUCUACA